UUUUGAACUUGUGCGAGUUUUCGGACUUGUACGGACGACGCAGAUCACGCCCGUGCAAACGUCGCGUCGACAUGACGAUACUGCGCGUCGGACUCUGCCCGGAGUUGACGGCUCCCGUGGUCGACAAGCUACGGUCGUGCGGCGUGAGGACCGUUAUCGAAUACCUCUCGUGUGAACGCGAAGCGCUGGCCGAGCGCUCAGGCCUCGCCUAUGGGGACGUGAUCCGACUUCGCCGUUCGUUACAGGCGACCUACGCUCCCAAGUUUCGCACGGGGGUCGAACUGUACGAGCGGCUACUGGAGAGCACAGCCAUGUUCAGCACGGGUAGCGCGAACGUCGACAAUGCCGUGGGCGGCGGCGUGUACACCGGACGCAUCACCGAGAUCGUAGGCGCCGGCAACAGCGGUAAGACUCAGUUGUGCCACAGUCUAGCCGCUAACGUCGCCAUCGCCAGUCACUUCGGCGUUCUCUACGUGGACGCCCUGAGCUGUUUCUCGCCCGAGAGGCUGCGCCAGAUCGUGACGCGCGCCUCGCGCGGAAGUGACGUCAGAACCGAAACUGCCCUCUCCAAGGUGAGGCACGUCGCUGCGUGCGACUUGCUGGAGGUGGUUCAGGUCGUGGACCAAGUGCAGGAAUCGCUGUGCUCGGCUCGAAACAAGGACGAAUUCUUGACGAACGUCAAAAUGAUCAUAGUCGAUUCCCUGGCGGCCGUCGCUUCUCCCGUUUUGACGGGAGACCAUUACGUGGGCGGUUUGUCGCUACUGGCGCACCUCUGCAACGCGUUACAGCACCUGGUGGCGAGGUUUAGGAUGGCUAUUGUGGUCACCAACGACUUCGUCACCGGUGAAGGCGGCGUCAUGAAACCGGCCCUGGGUCGCUAUUGGGAGGACGUGCCCUCCGUAUCGCUGGAGCUGAACUUGCUAAGUGACCUGUUUGACUGUGGCGAAACGCGAGAACUGAGGGUGGUGAAGAGCCCGGACGCCGGCGUUCUGGGCAAGGUGGUGAGGUUCAGGAUCGCCCCCAAGGGAAUCACAACUGCAGCCGUGAACUCCUGAUGUCCUAAUUGUUUGCUGCGUUGAUAUGUCAACCGGUGUGAACACCUCUGUCAUGGACAAAUGUGAGGCGUGCUAAUACAGACACGAGAGAAAAGAUCCACAUGCCUAUGUGUCAUGCAAAAUUGGGUGCCUGUUGUCCUCUGACUGUAGAUGGCUUGCACAGACAUCACUGAGACCACCAUGUCAGAGCACCAGCAUGGGGAGACGCGACGUUUGCUAUGUCACAUUAAUGUUGUCAAAACAUCACAUGCAGGUUCUUUCGUUAUUCACACACAGAGGCGUUCCUGCCAUGCCGUUGUGACACUGAAGCGGGUUAACCACAACUUGCUUGUCAUCAAAGCCGCCAUUGUGUAGUGCCAGUACGUUCAGAAGCUGCGUCCAUGGUAUCACGAGCAAGUUAUCUAUAGCUCAUAUAUAAUGCAGGGGAUUGGCCAAGUAGUGGGUGGAUUUUCCCAUUAAGUUCUAUGGAGUAACAUUCACAGAUGUAUAGUUAAAGUAGCAAUGACAGAAAGAUCUUACAUUUUUUUUUUUUCUGUUGCAAUAAGUAGCUAAUGACCCACUUAUCAUGGCUGGAAACCUUGUUUGCUCGAGCGUGCGACAGUUUUUUAUGUGGCGAAGUUUUAUAGAGCCCAGUCGCAGUUUCAGUUUGGGAGCGCACCUAGGGAGGCGGGACCAGAGUGGUUUUCAUGUAAACAUAGCUGGCUACGGUGAGCGCAGGAGCACCUUAUUGCCAACUCUUUUAAACAAAGGCUCCCUGGGUGCCACUAUAAUCCUCUCUAGGAUGUUGUGCUCCUGUGCAAGUACCUCUUUCCAUUGAAAAGGUCUGCUAGGAAAGAGCUCGCAAGGAGCAUGGCAGCCAACACGAAUUUGUGAUGCGGGUGGUUGUUGCUUGUUUGCAUUAAAAACAAGUUCGUGUCAAUGUUGUGAGGUGGGGCGUUUCACGUGCAGUUGUGUCACACACACUUGAAAAUUGAUUUUAAAUAUGUUCCAGGCUAUAUUAUCCGUUCAUAUUUUGUAGAUAAUGCCUGUGUGCCCACACAAAUCUAUCCCACAAGUUAUCUCGCUUUCAAAAUUUUGUGUCAAUACUUCGCUAAAUAGCAUACUUGAAUUGCUAAUUAUCGAUAGUAAAACAUUUAAAGCCAGCAGAAUUGGCAGAGAAUAGGUUCACUUACUGGUAAUUCAUUGGAUGGCAAAAAUUUCACGCUGUGUUUGUCAACCCCCUUGCUGAACACCUCUUGUGCUACUUCAAACACACCAACAAACACGUGAAGUCCCUGGAAAUAUGCAAAGAAAUCAUCACCAUAAAAAAAAAUUUUUCAAUUUCGGUUUAUUAUAAAAGAAGCAUUCACAUGAUGACUUAAAGUUGGGAAAGAUGCUCUGUUUGCUUGCUUUGUUUGUUCUGCUUUACUACAUAGGAUGGUCGUGGUUAUAACUAUGUACUCAAACCUUAUUAUCAGUAAACUGCAUCUAAGACAAAAACUGAUUCUCUAUAUCUAGUGUUAUCAAC